AAUUUUUUUUUUUUUUUGGCAACAGUGAUUUUGCAAAUUAUCAACCUUGACAUUGCUUAUUUAAUCUAUUUAUAGAAAAUUCUCUUCCCAUCUUCCUCUUUUCAUUUCAAAAAGUUUUUCUUUGGGUUUCCUUAUAUCGCCCACACAUUUUCCCAUUCAAGUACCAAAGUGUUGAAACGCCUUUGCUUAAAAAAAAACCUCAUAGCUUAUCAAUACUUCAUUGUUUUUUCCCACCGGAUACGCUAAAGACUCCAUUUACGAAAAUGGACUUUCUCUUCAUGGGAUGACGUGUGAUAAAAUAUUUCGUCUAGGUCACAGCUGUGUCUUCCAAUUCACUUCAACUCUGGCACUCUUUGUCAGACACGAAGAUAAUUUGCUUUCAAAUUUCUAAAUCGUAUUCUCGAAUUUUCAUUUCUAAUUGAUAUGCAUGUACACACAAAAGUAUUUAUUUAAUCUAAAUUUAACCACCAAGAAUGUAAUAUAACAAAUAGAUGACAAUUUUACAAUGUAAAAACUAGCGACAUUAAACACGCUUCAUACUUUAAAUGCCGGGACUCGAGAGUUCAUCACCGCUGGCAGGGGGCCUCCCUCGUUGACGUCUAAACUAUUUAACACUUUUUUAGCUCACACAGGAUAAGGGAAAAUGGGAGGGGGGGCGGGAGGAAUGUCGAGCGGGUGGAUUGGUUUAAAUUCAAACUCUUUCCCCCACCUCGUAUCAGGAGGGGGUGCUCACGCGGCUACCAUGGUGAGGUAGGAGCUGAAACUGCCGCCCCCCCCCCCCCGCACCUCUUUUGCAUUUUACGAAAUCAAUAAUAAUCUUUUCCCUUUGCAACUUGUUGUAUGACUUAAGAGACCAAUCCUUGAUUCACAGCUGCGGUCACAGGUUGGGAAUACGUAAUCACCAGGAGCUGUUACACUUUCACCCAUCUUUCUACUUCUGGUGUGUCCAGCAAUCCAGCACCCUUCCUUUAUGCUUGCUCUCUGUGUGGAUCAGAGUGCCACUCUUUCCCGUCAAUGUUGAUGCUGAAGAGUUUCUUGUCGCGCCACAACUAUAGAUAAUAUUUAUGUACAAAUAGUUCCUAGACUUCUUGCUUGUCCUUGACUUGCUCCACCUGCUCAUUUUUUUAAUUUUCUUUUUUAGAUUUGGAAGAGGUAGCUUGACAAAACAAACGAAUAGGAAGUCUCAACAGUAGUAUCUAAUUGUCAUGACUUAUUAUUGACACAAAUCGAGGAAUCGGUCGAAUGUGCUUGGGGUGGGAGGGGAGCCAAUGCACCAGAGACUCAGCGUCCAACCCAUUUUUCAUGUUCCUCUCCGUGAUAUCAAGCUUAUCAGAUCUGUUGUGCUGCACAAUGAGACGCAUUUGGCAAUCCAUCAAAGUCCCACAUUUUCCUGACAGGCUAUUUACACUGCCUCUUAUUGCUGCUACUUUUACACGGUAAAGAGUUUCCUUUUAGCUAAAACUUCAAAGGGAAUUGAUCGAAUGUGUGCAAAAAUUGAUCUGUGAUUCUAAUUAAAACUUAUAUUAAGCAUAGAAGGAGUUAAAGCUAUUGAUAUGUAAAGGAGAGUUUGUAAACAGGCCUAACGGUAUGGUGUGAAUAGUGGACAGAUUUACGUCAGUUAAAUAUGUACAGGCUUGGAUUGCAGUGUGAAUAACCUGAAGUAUCUGCGCACGUCUGAUGGUGACAUGGUGUAAAUAUAGUGUUUCACUCCACGCCAGUGUCCGUGCUGAAACCCACACUUUGACAACAAAAUGUGAAAAACACAAAGUCCUAAGGGUCCAAAUGUUGGAUUCUUUCUAAAACGCCACGUUGAAAAUGAAAGAGGAGUCUGAAAACAAUGCCAGCGUCUCUCGACCUCCUCGAAAAAUGGCUGUCGCUCCACUUCAGCAUCCGGUGUUUGCUUUAUCAGGCAGAAAUAUUAAUAUUGAAGAACAAACCGAUAUGCUUCAAAAAUCAUCAUGCGAUGAAAUAGAUGAGUAUAGCAAUGAAAUCUCGACACCGCUCCCAGUACGAGUGAAAGUGUUAUCAGAUUUAGUUUCGGACGAAAAUGAGGUAUUUUGUGAAAAAGAAAAGAAUCAAUACAAAAAUAAGAACAAUGGAGCAGUUUUUACUGAAAUACAUGAAUCAUGUUCCACAAAGCUUGGUAGAGGUCUAGUCAGGUCUGCUACUUACAGAGAUAAAAGUUGUACGCUAAAUUACGAUGAAUCAAAUAAGGAAUGCCAAAACAAAUCCAGUGAAGUCUUGGAUAAAGAUCUCUUCGCUUGGAGGGAGAAAGUUAAAGGGUGUGUUUCAUUUCCUUCCCUCCCAAACAAAUUCAGACCUUUACAUAGGAGUGUAGGAAGCUGCAGCGGCAGGUUUCGUGAAGAAAAUGCUGUUUGGUCUGAAAUGGAUCAUUGCACGGGUAAAGAAAACGUCAAGUUCUACCUCCCUGAGCAAAAACCUGAUUAUCUCAUCAAUCCCAACCGGGUGGUGACUACGUACCCAGGGCGGACAACUCUUCACUAUAGAUCUUCUCUCAAACUUGAAAACGUCGUGCGCAACAAUUUGCUUCAAGACAGAAGCAGCAGACGGAUGGUAGAUAGCGAUGAGUGUCUGAAAAGCAGCAGACGGAUGGUAGAUAGCGAUGAGUGUCUGAAAAGCAGCAGCUUGCAACAGGAAGUGUCGCCUUUCCACCAAGAACUCUCUAAAGAAUCUUGCCACGGUGUCGGUGACGUGAACCAUGUCAGCCAACCCUUUUUCAAACAAAACUCUGAGCCCCCGGAAAAUGUUUCAGAGUUGAACUAUUUUUCUGAAACGAAGAGCCCCCUUCAAAGUAACAAAUCAACCACGUGCUCAUCAGACUUGUCAGAUUAUCAUAUUUUGAAGGACAUUAUCACCCACCUCAGGUUACCAACGAGAAGGGCCAGUACGAUGGCCUGGAAAGCCAAGUAUGUGGACAAAAGUCCGGGUAAUGGUUGGCUCCUAUCCAGCUCAGAUCCAUGUUCAGACGAUGGCCCUCUCACCCCAGAAAGAAAAAAUAACAUUCAGAAAUCGCUAGAAAUUUUGAAACUAGAGCUGAUGAGCCUACAACGCCAAGAUCAAGAAUUAGCCAAUCAGUUUCUCACCAUUCGCCAAACGCUCAACAAUCUUCGAUGGCACGCUCAGUGUCACAGCCAUGAGCAGCUUCUAGAGGAAGUGGAAGACGACAUCGAAGAUCUGCGCGAUCUGUCCAGGGUGGUGGACACGCCCGCGGAUCUCUUCUCCUCCACUUCAUUUCUCAGACACUUUGGACUGACCCGCAUGAACAUCACAACCAGGAGAUUCUCAACUUGUUGACCUCGACACUUCGACUGGUGACUGCCGAACUAGAUCUGUCAAUUAGCUGCUCAAGAAACAAUUUUAAAGGGUCGUCCGAAAAUGUCAAAGGAGAGAAAUGACAUGCAUAGACAUCUUGACUUAUUGCGAUGCAAUGAAAGCAAUCGAUAUUAAACCUGACAUAGGCCUAUAUAAAUAUAAUACAUAUUAGAAAUGAUAUUGACCUCCAUUUGGUUUCAUAAACUAUAGAUCUAGUAGGCUUUUAAACUUUAGUUUUCCUCUGCACAUAACAAUUGACAUUACCCUAUAAUAGGAGCAUAUUAGACAAAGAAGAAGAUAAUUACGUCCUGUGCGUGUCGUGUUUUUUCUAUAUAAGUACUUAAGGUAUUGUUUUAAAAUGAUCUAUAUGUAGGAAGAAAAAAAAAGAUAGCAUACCUUAUUUUUACAAAGCUUAAAUCAAAUCACUGUGUCUGUCUUUCCGUCAUAUAAAAAGUUUGAACAUGUUUUUCCUCAUAUUUUCCAUUCUCGGAUCAAUUUAAAAGUUUGUACAAGUAUUCAUUGAACCUGACAAGACAUGAAUUAAUCAAUAAACUUGUUGGUGGCUUUCGCUUUUGUGGUAGAGGGGCCAGCCAUUUUUCGUUUGUCACGCUUUCUUCUGUGUCCAUAGCUUUCUUGGUCACCAUCUGUCUCCACGUAGUGCGGUCUAGGGCGAUGUCUUCCCAAGGGUCAGUAUCAAUAUUCACUGCUUUGAGGUCUCGAUUGAUUGCAUCCACGAAACGGAGGUGGGGGCGACCAGUUAUUCUUGAGUCAGACGCGAGUUGUCCUUAAAGAAUGAUUUUCGGGAUGCGAUUGUCCUCCAUCAGGCGAACAUGACAAAGCAAGCGCAGGCGUCGUUGUCUGAGGAUUGCAAAGAUGCUGGGAAGGCACGUUCGCGCAAGGAUCUCAGUAUUGCACACUCUCUCUUGCCGAGUGAUUUUCAAGAUUUUUCGGAGGAAUCCGCAAGUGGAAAGAGUUUAGUUUUCUCUCUUGCUUUUCAUAUAUAGGUAGUCCACGACUCACUGUCGUACAGUAGCGUGCUCAGAACGAAUACCUUGUAAACCUUUAUUUUGGUCGCUCUAUUGACUUUCUGGUUUUCCCAAACUCUUGGUCUGAAUCUAGCAAAGGUCGAUGCGACCUUCCCUAUGCGUUUUUUUUAAUCUCCUCUUCUAGAGACAGGUCAUCUUGAAUUGUGGAUCCAAGGUAGCAGAAUUCAUUUAAGGCAUCCAGCUUGUUAUUGUCAAAGAGGUUGUUUUUUUUUAAUAGACGUUUAUAUCUCUCUCUAGCAAUGUCUUGAAACAAGGUUGAAUAUUGCUCAUGACGUUUAUAUCUCUCUCUAGCAAUGUCUAGAAACAAGGCUGAAUAUUGCUCAUGACGUUUAUAUCUCUCUCUAGCAAUGUCUAGAAACAAAGUUGAAUAUUGCUCAUGACGUUUAUAUCUCUCUCUAGCAAUGUCUAGAAACAAGGUUGAAUAUUGCUCAUGACGUUUAUAUCUCUCUCUAGCAAUGUCUAGAAACAAGGUUGAAUAUUGCUCAUGACGUUUAUAUCUCUCUCUAGCAAUGUCUAGAAACAAGGUUGAAUAUUGCUCAUGACGUUUAUAUCUCUCUCUAGCAAUGUCUAGAAACAAGGUUGAAUAUUGCUCAUGACGUUUAUAUCUCUCUCUAGCAAUGUCUAGAAACAAGGUUGAAUAUUGCUCAUGACGUUUAUAUCUCUCUCUAGCAAUGUCUAGAAACAAGGUUGAAUAUUGCUCAUGACGUUUAUAUCUCUCUCUAGCAAUGUCUAGAAACAAGGUUGAAUAUUGCUCAUGACGUUUAUAUCUCUCUCUAGCAAUGUCUAGAAACAAAGUUGAAUAUUGCUCAUGUUAUUGAACACGCACAAACAUUGAAUCCAUUUGUUGGUUUGUCCAGUGCCCUACUAGAUUUAGUGUUUUAGUCAUUUUUAGUCUUUCAAAAUAACAUAAUGCAUAUUAUAUUGUCCUUUAUAGGCUGCUAGACAACUGGUUUGAACGUGUAUACUAUUGUAUUGAUUACAAUUAUCAAUAGUUUUUUCUGUAAUCAAACUUAACAUUCAUUAUCUAUCCAAAUGAAUACAAUUAGUUUUAUAUUCUUCUUCUCAAAAAUAGAAACACUCUCUGUCUCUUAUGCGAUCAGUAUUGUCACUUAUUAUUCAAACUUAAUAACUCUAUAGACCUGGCUAUGUUAUAACUCUAUAGACCUGGCUAUGUUAGAACUUAUUUCUAGAAACAUUGCAUUCAAAUGUUUUUAAUUACUUAUGAUUUUCACUGUUUUGUGACCUCACUAAGUUCAUGUACAGACAAAUUUCAAUUUAAAUGUUUGAUUUUCUAAUGCUCAUGUGAUAUUUGUGCUUUCGUUGCAUCUAUUACAUACAUAAAAAAGAACAAAGAAUUAAAUUAUUUAUUUUUUUGAAGUUACAUUUUUUUUACAUUUUAAUUAUAUAAUUUUUACUCACUAAAAACAGCACAGGUCGCCUUGUUUUUAUUAUACUAUUAUAGCAAUAAAAGCUUCAUAAAUUGUCUGAUUGGUAGAAUAGAAUUGCAUAGAUUGAAUAUAUUUUCAUUAAAUAUUGAAAAUAUGAUUGAAUCAACAGAAGUUAUUUCCCCUGAUGUUAUGUUGUUUUAAUUUAAGAAACUACAUUAUUUCAAUAGAAACUAAUGAUUGCAUGAUUAGCAUUUUUUUUUAAAAUGUUUUUUAAUUCAAAUAUUUUCUAAUAAAUAAUUUAUAUUAAUAACACAAAAACCAAUAAAAGAACAAAAUAACUGAAAACAAAGUUUAGAGGCCUGAAGUGAGACUAAACAUUUCAAUCAAUACAAAGUACAGUGCAUCAGUUCUAUAUACAACUGUUCUCUUACUGAAUACAAACCCUGAGAGCUUUGGUUACAAGAAAGAAAAUAAAACUACAUGAACUGUUCUUUUUACUUUGAAUUUAGUGCAUAAGAGAAUUUGGGUUUUUGGCACAUCAGCACAGUGCAUAACAGGAGCCAAUUUAUGGUCAUACAUCAACAUUGUCACAGAGCGUAAGAAUAAUUAAAACCUAGAUUUAAGAUAACAUUUACAAAAAAAAAAAGAAGAAAA